AAAAUUGCAUUUGAUAAAGACAUAGAACUAAGUUGCGGAAUAUUUCGAAGGAAACAAAAAAAUCGACCAAAAUGGCUAUACGUCAACAAGGAUUUUUUGCGUGUCUAUUUUUAAUAUUUUCGAUUGCGAGGUUAGAGGCUUUACCCUCCUCCCACGUGGAUUCACGUAUUAUCAAUGGAACCGAAGUUAAUUGGAAUAAUACCCGCUAUGUGGUAUCGAUACGUAUGGCCUUUCUGGAUAAUAUGAUUUAUGGAGCUGGCCAUAUGUGUGGAGGUAGUUUAAUAGCACCCGACGUUGUCCUAACUGCUGCACACUGUAUUUGGAGUGAAAAUCAAGAAAAAUUUCGUUCGCCUCAGGAAUUUUCCGUUGUUGUGGGUAGUUUGGAUCGUACUCGCAAGGAUCGGAAUACAUUACAAUUUGCUGUCAAGGACAUUAUUUGGGGUCCCAAUUUUGAUCCAGAUACAUUUGAGGACGAUAUUGCAAUUAUGAUUUUAAAUCAGACCGUUCCCAGGACGUAUAAUGAAUAUUCAUUGAUUGAAAUGAAUGAGAAUCGUAAUUUGGCAGCUGGCACCAAGUGUACCGUCAGCGGGUGGGGUCUAACGGAAAAGAACCUCUAUGCCACAAAAUUACGAUCGGUCGAGGUACCCAUUGUAAGCCGUUCCGAGUGUUCAGAACACUAUGGUGCUGAGAACCUGAUCGAUGGUAUGCUAUGUGCCGGUUAUAUGAAUGGAGGACGUGAUGCCUGUUCUGCUGAUUCUGGUGGUCCAUUAGUUUGCAAUGACAAACUCGUGGGAAUUGUUUCUUUUGGUGUCGGUUGUGCCAUGCCUGGCUAUCCUGGAAUCUAUACCGAUGUUGCCUACCACAUUGAUUGGAUACGCAAUAAAACUGGAUUAAAAACGAAGGAAUAUUUACAAUUACAAAAUGAUUAUUUUAACUAUACAAUUGUACCAUAUGCCAACAAUUCGACUGGUUCAUCGAAUUCGACACAUGGCUCAAAUUCAUCUACGGCCAUUUUUAAACGAAGUUUUAAUUUUAUGAUAUUGAUAUUAUUGUGUAUUUAUAAAACAAUGUAGAUUUUUAUCGAUUACAAAAUUAAGUUAUGAAAAUAAAAUGGCCAUAACUCCUUAAA